CAGUCGAGUUGUGUGUUCAGUCAAGAUUAGUCCGAGAUCAGAGCCAUGUCAAAGAUAGAGAACCCAAACGAAAAUCUGGUUAUUCCCAAAUGGUUAAACGAGGACAAAUUCAAGACAGUGCUGGCCAAAGAUGUGCCAAGUUACAGUCGAGUUCUAGAGUUUACACCUGUGGCUGCCAUCCCGCCAGGCAGUAAUUUCACCUCCAUUUUGGUGCGCGUCCAUCUGCACUUGGAACUAAAAGAUGGCAGUCUUAAAACUCAGAGCUAUGUGGUCAAGACCACGCUCGAAUUCGACAAAGGUGGAAGGCUCGUGGAGGAGUUCCGAUACUUUCAGAAGGAGCAGCAAAUGUACUCCACCUAUUUACCCGCCUUUGAGCAGCUCUACCGAGAGGCUGGACAUCCCAUUCAGCUGGCGCCCAAGUGCUUGGAAGUUGGAGAAAUGGAUGGCUAUCUGUACUUCAUAUUUGAGGAUUUGUCAUCGCAGGAAUUCGUAACUGUGGAUCGCAGCAAGGGCUUGGACAUGCCACACAUGUCCGUGAGUCUACGUAAGCUGGCGGAGCUCCAUGCCGCCAGUGUGGUUUACGAAAAUCGCCAUGGAUCGUAUCCUAUCGACUUUGAGCAUGGCUUUGCCCAUAAGGAUAACACGGAGCAUAGCAAACGCGGAUUCCUAGCAAAGGUUACAGAGUAUACGGCAGCCAUGAAGACCUGGGGAAUCGAGGAGAAAUAUUUAAAGAAUUUCCCCACUCCUGAGCAGUACGUGCAAAUGUGUUUGGAGUCCCUGAAGACCGAUGUCAAUGACUUUAAUGUCCUCACUCAUGGCGAUUUUUGGUCCAGCAAUAUUCUCUUUAGGUACAAUUCGAAUGACGGCUUGGACAGAGCUCUCCUCUUGGACUUUCAGCACUGCAAAUGGGGUAGUCCUGCCCAGGAUCUGCUCUUCAUCAUCACCAUUUCAGCAGGCAAAGAGUUGCGCCUCAGGGAGUAUGAGAAUUUUGUGAGAAUCUAUUGGGAACAUCUCAUCGUUUGCCUGGGUAUACUUAGCUACAAGAAGUCGCUGCCCCAACUGAGGGAUUUGCAGGCUGCCCUCUACAAGAAGAACAAUUCCUUUUAUGCUUUCUUUGCGUUGAUGAGUCAUCUAUCUGCCGUUUUGUUGCCCAGUGACAGGAACACCAAUCUGCACACCCUAAUGUCCCAGGACGAGGCUGGCAGGAGUCUCCGCACGCGUCUGUAUACGAAUCCAGCAUUUGUGGAGGUCAUCAAAGAGGUGUAUCCCUUCUACUGCAAUCGUGGACUGUUCAACUUUAGCGACUACGAAUGAGUGCCGAUGCAUUUCCCAUUCUUUCCAUUGAAUAAAUUAGUGCGAAUAUUGAA